AUGCCUUCAUGCAACAUCACCAAAAGCUCUGAUCAGGGGCAGGUACUUCAAAUGUGUCAUCUAAUUGUCUGGGAUGAAUGCACCAUGGCUCACAAGAGAGCUUUGGAAACAUUAGAUAGAGCCCUGAAAGACAUCCGCGACUGUCACGCUCCAAUGAGAGGUGUUACGCUUCUGUUGUUAGGUGAUUUCGGGCAAACUCUUCCUGUUAUUCCGAAAGGCACUAGAGCAGAUGAGGUCCAAGCAUGCCUACAGACCUCUACCCUGUGGCAUCAUGUUACCAUCCUCAGUCUUAAUACUAACAUGAGAGCUCAGCUACACGGCGACCAAAUGUCCAAAAAGUUUGCACAGGACAUUUUGACAAUUGGUGAUGGCAAGGUGCCUCUCGACGCUGCAGGAGAAAUGGAAAUGUCUAAAAGGCGCAUCAAAUCAUUAACUAUGGAAGAGAUUUUGACCACACUGGAAGAAGUUAUGGAAGAGGAAGAUGUAGAAUCGGCAGAUGCUGUUAUCAUCCCACCAGAAGCUGAUGCACAAACUGACAAUGAAGACAUUGACGAUGACUGUACUGGAAAUGCUGACAUUGAGGACGUAGCCGGAUCAUUCGAAUUACAUGUUGCUGCACAGAUCGUCAGUGAAGAAGUAAUUGAGAAUACAACAGGAGAAUAUGUUGCUAACUAUCCGGAAAUUGGCGUUGAAACAAUGCAUUUACCAAAAAAAAAAACUAUGCAAUUCAGUACCAACAUGGCGGUGUAA